AUGUCUAAGCAGCCAAUGUGUUUUACUGACUUAGCCAAUGAAUUAUUCUUGGAUAUUUUUGAUUAUUUACGACCAUUGGAUAUAAUUUGUUCGUUUUAUUUAACAAAUCCUCGUCUAAAUCAAUUGAUCACUAGUCUUCAUUUUCAUAUUGAUAUGUCUAAUUUAUCAAAAGAUGAUUUUGAUUACUAUUGUCAACAUAUAUUUUCUAGCUAUCAAUCUCAGUUAUAUUCAUUAAAAUUAUCUAAUAAUGGUGCAUGUGGUUCAAUUAAACUAUUUUUAUUUCAAUUUAAUUUACAAACAUCUUUUCCAAAUUUACAAUCAUUAGCCAUUAUUGAACCAUCAGUUGAUGAAUAUCAAAAUAUUAUGAAAAUGUUAUUAACAAUGUCACAAUUAAAACAUUUAUCAAUAAAAAUGACAGCCUUAAGUUCUGUGCAUUGUGAAAUAUUCAGUAUUCAAUCAUUAAAAACCUGUAUAUUAUCGUAUGAUGGUAUCAUAUCAUUUCAAAAAAUACAAUCAUCAUUAUCAUCGGAUAUUGAACAUUUAACACUUGAUGGAUUUUAUUUAAACGAAAUAAAUCUCCUAUUUCAUCAUUUGCCACAUAUACGUUGUUUGAUUAUCAAUAAAUUAUCAUUACGAACAACAAAUUUUAUAUUAUCAUCAACAAAUUUGUCUAUAAUGAAGUUAAAUUGUGAUUUAUCUGUUCGUUUUCAUUCCAUUGAAUUAUUGUUAACGAGUCUAACACAAUUAAAAGAAUUUUCAUUUACAGCAAAUGGAAACGAAUAUUUAAAUAGUCAACGUUGGCAAACAUUAUUAACGAGUUUACCACUUUUAACAAAAUUUAGUUUAGAUAUUAUCACAUCAUCGGCAACAUCAACAGACUUUGAUACUCUCUCAUCAUCAUUUCAAACAAAAUUUUGGCAACAACAUCAUUGGAAUUUUGUUGUUGAUUGUAGUGCAAUUGGAAAAUUUCAUUUGUAUACAAUACCACCACGUGCAUCAUUUAUUCAAUCAUUAAAUAGUUUACGAUCGACACAAAUCUCAAAUAUCUAUAAUAACAUUGAAUAUUUGUAUGUAAAAUUAAAUGAAACAUUUAUUCAUGAUGAUGAAGCUCUCCAUCGUCAAAAUCAAUUUCCAAACGUUCAUUCAUUACAAUUAUAUCCUAAUACAACGAUUCAAACAAUACCCGAUGUAAUAUUAUUUCUUCGUCAAACACUUGAUUUUUUCAAAUUAGUUCAUUUAGAAAUAUUUGUUUGUUUAUCAACACUUACAUUUUCUCAAUUAUUAAAUAAUUUACCACGUAUACGAUAUUUGAAAACAGAUUAUGAUCUACUAUUAGAUAUGACAUCUAAUUUUCAAAUUCUAGAUAUUAACAUGAAUUUAAAUAAAAAAAUAAAAAAAUUUGUUUUACGUAAUGGAUGUUUAUUAGAAGAUAAAUUUGAACAAUUUAUGAAUGUUUUUUCUAAUAUUGAAUAUUUAAUAUUUUCUGUUAGUUCAACAACUGAUUUACAUUAUAUGGUUCCUAAAUUAGUUAAACGUAUGCCAAAUUUAAUUAGUUUACAUGUUAAACAUCGAAAUGAUAAAUCUCAAUUAAGUUUUGGUACAAAUAGUACCAGUCAAAUGCCUGUUUGGGAUGAUUUAUGGAAUAAUAUGUAUUAUCAAAUAUAUCAAGAUAACAUUAAAGUUUGGAAGUAG